GUCUGUUCGUUCACUACAGGGUUCACAAGCUUUUAAAAGGGGUGAACUUCCUGUAUUCCUUCCAGAGCAUUCAGGGAGCCUCCCAGUCACCACCACUAUCAGAGGUCGUCCAUCGUGAGUUUAUCAAUCUGCAUAUGGCAUUUGCUGCCGUCUAAACAUUCCUAGACGACUUUCAAGUCACUGGGCGACAUUCUUACCAUGAGCGCCUCUGCUGCUGCAACAGACAGCCAUGACCCCCUCAAAGAUCUCGUCCAAGAAGUAUUCAACGAAUAUAUCACCAAUGAAAUGCCCAUUCGUCUACUUCAUAUCACCGAAGAGGAUGGAAAGAUAAAGUUUGAUCUCGUGGACAGGGAUUUCGUCAGGAAGCACUUCAAAAAGAAAAUGGUCCCCGACAACAUUCUCGCCGAUUUUGCUGAAAAGAUGAUCGUGGACGGGGAGGAGAGAGGGAUUGUAUCAGAGAGCGCGUUGUCGAAGGAACCGAAAGAAGUCGCCAAUGGGCCAGGAUGGAAGAAGCUUGAAAGUUUUUGCCAUACAGCGAAGGUUGUCCACAACUGCGAAUUCGCUUGGUCCGACACGUGCUGCAUAGACAAGCCAAGCAGCUCAGAAUUGGAAGAAUCCAUCCGCUCCAUGUUCGCUGGUACAGAAAUUCCCAUACCCUCGCAGCUCUUCCAACUGCAAGAGACGGGCAAAAGUGGUGAAAAGGCAGUCGAUCCUUGGUUCGUACGAGGAUGGACGCUUCAAGAGCUCAUUGCUCCGCUGCAAAUCAAAUUCUACGGAGCAAACUGGAAGCCCUCAUCCAAGGCUCCACGACCGACAGAAACAACAGAGACAGCAAAGUCAUCAUGGAAAAGAUAUCGACGCUCACCGACUCCAUAUGGAUGA